AAAUAAGGUUAUGAUCAAUACAGUUUACCAUAUAGGGUAAGAAUUCGUGGAAAAUCUCUGUGACUGGCCCUUCAGCAUGACACAUAACCGUAUCCACUACCUAUAAAUAUGAACCCUUUCGCAGCGAGAGGCAUAAUUCAACAAACAACUUGGAGAAAACGUUAGUGCUCAGUUCAACAAAAUUAAAUAACAAUGACUCUUGGCUAUGAUGACGAUAUCGCCGGCAUUGUAAUUGACAACGGUUCCGGUAUGUGUAAGGCCGGUUUCGCAGGUGACGAUGCCCCAAGAGCUGUGUUCCCGGCGGUGACAGGACGACCAAAGUAUGACAUCUGGAUGACAGGCAUGGGUGGUAAGGAUACAUAUAUUGGAGAUGAGGCACAGAAUAAGAGAGGGGUUUUAUCACUGAAAUAUCCAGUCGAACACGGCAUUGUCACUAACUGGGACGAUAUGGAGAGUAUCUGGCAUCACACUUUCUACAAUGAACUCCGUGUGGCUCCGGAAGAACAUCCGGUGUUAUUGACUGAGGCGCCAUUAAACCCAAAGGCUAACCGAGAAAAGAUGACCCAAAUCAUGUUCGAAACAUUCAACACUCCAGCUUUCUACGUGUCUAUCCAAGCAGUGCUUUCACUGUACGCUGCUGGACGUACCACAGGUGUAGUGUUCGACUCCGGAGAUGGUGUUUCACACGUGGUUCCAAUCUACGAAGGAUAUGCAUUACCGCAUGCUAUCGAACGAAUAAAUUUAGCAGGACGAGAUCUGACGAACUAUUUAUCGAGAAUAUUGAACGAACGCGGAUAUAGCUUCACAUCUUCCUCCGAGAUGGAAAUAGUUCGUGAUAUCAAAGAGAAACUAUGUUAUGCGGCCUUAGAUUUCGAAGAGGAAAUGAAUGUUGCUGCAGGUUCGUCUGAAGUAGAGAAAAGUUACGAACUUCCAGAUGGGGAAAUUAUUACUAUUGGUAACGAACGGUUCCGAUGUGUCGAGUCACUUUUCCAGCCGUCAUUUAUUGGCAUGGAAAGUACAGGUACACACGAACAGCUGUAUAACAGCGUAAUGAAAUCUGAUAUUGACAUAAGAAAAGAUCUGCUAUCUAAUGUCGUACUCUCAGGGGGCUCAACAAUGUUUCCUGGCAUAGCAGACAGAAUGAAAAAGGAAUUAGACAAUUUGGUUCCCAGUUCCAUGAAGGUCAAGGUUAUUGCUCCACCAGAGAGGAAGUACUCAGUGUGGAUCGGUGGCUCUAUCUUAUCAUCUCUUUCCACGUUCGGUCAAAUGUGGAUCUCUAAACAGGAAUACGACGAGUGCGGCCCAAGCAUUGUUCACAGAAAAUGUUUCUAAGGCAACAGCAGGACUCGAACUAUUCAGUGCAAUUUUCUUCAUGUCAUUUUUGUAAAUAAUUCUUCAUCAUUUAUAUGAACAUGUGGCUCAUGAACUGUAGUAUACAUUGCCGCUUUUAACUCAUGAUUGUGAUAUAUUUGUUUAUUUUUCAUAUAUCAAUGUUUCAUAUUCACAGGAAAGAUUUGAUUCUCUUGAAAUAAACAUGUUUCGAUACUUACAAUAUCACUGUUACUACAAACGAUUUAAAAAUAAAGUUAGAAAAAUCAUAAAUAGUUUAUAUUUUUGUAUUUAGAUUUCUGAUAACUCCAAAUUAAUAUCAUCGA